UGACGAUUGUGACAAAACAAUUCGAUUGCAAUUUUACGAAUUACUAAAAUAUUAUAGGUACUUUAAAUUAAUUACACCUUUCUUUGUUGCCUCAUUGCGUUCUUACUCACUGCUAUAUAACAGUUUUUGUUAUUUUUUCUUCUUCGAGGACUUACGUGUUGUUCACUUAAUAUUACUGAUCGUAAGAACUGACCUUGUAUUUAUUGGAUGUUAUAAACUUAAUGUGUAAGACUCUACAGAAAUUAAAGCUUAUGGUGUUUGUAAUGCGAUAGUUUUGAUAAAAAAUCUCAUACGAUAUCAAAUAAAAUGAAAUCUAGCAAACGAAGACUUCAGGCACUCACGGAGGGCACCGAUGGCUUACCUAAUUACCUUAAAAUGGAAGAUUCUGAAACGUCAAUUCCGCCAGUUUUUAGAUCUAGAUUGCACGAUUUAUUCUCUCAGAUAGAAAAAGAAUUUGACCUUCUGUAUACUGAGAAUCUCAAUUUACAGGAGAAGAUUGAUAUUCUAAGUGAAAAAUUGGAAAGAGAAAGUUAUGUGGGAGACCGUCAAAAUUUAGAUUACAUAGAAUUUGAAACUACAGGAAAAAAUACCAAAGGAAAGUUGUCACAAAGCAAUUCUCAGAAAGUAAAGGCAAGCCACAAAUUGCGAGUGCAGACUAGUAAGAUAGUAUCCAGUUUCAAAGCACCCACAUACAAUUGCCAGUUGAUUAGAGAAUUCACUGGACACAAAGAUGGUAUUUGGGAUGUGACAUCUGCUCGACCAGGCCAAGCUCUUAUUGGAACUGCAUCUGCUGAUCACACAGCUUGUGUAUGGAGCGUAGAAUGGGGAAAGUGUCUUCUGCAGUAUACGGGCCAUCUGGGGUCAGUCAACUCAAUCAGAUUCCACCCAACGCGAGAUAUAGCUCUUACAAGUAGUGGAGACAAUACUGCUCAUGUCUGGCAGGCUGCUGUGAACUGGGAUCUGCCACGUGGACAAUCUUCUGAAGAGGAGCUCGAGGGUGGCGGCGAAGAGAGUCUUGGUGAAGGUGGCGACCGACCUGAAGUGCUCCGUACUCCUCUUACUGAGCUUAGUGGACACCUUGGUGUAGUGGUAGCUGCAGAUUGGCUCACUGGUGGUGACCACGUCAUCACAGCUUCGUGGGACAGAACAGCCAACUUAUAUGAUGUUGAGACGGGAGACUGUUUACAGGUUCUAACAGGUCACGACCACGAGCUUACCCAUGCUUCGGCUCAUCACAGCUCCCGCCUCGUAGUGACGGCGUCGCGCGACACUACCUUUCGUUUAUGGGACUUCCGCGAACCCAUACACUCCGUUUCCGUAUUUCAAGGACACACUGAGAGUGUCACAUCAGCAGUAUUUACGCGAGAAGAUAAAGUAGUUUCCGGUUCCGAUGACAGAUCUGUGAAGGUGUGGGAUGUACGCAAUAUGCGAUCAGCUCUAGCAACCAUCCGGUCUGACUCCUCAGUGAACCGCGUGGGAGUGAGUAGCGGUGGCCUAAUUGCCAUCCCACAUGAUAACCGACAAGUUCGUCUCUUCGAUCUUCAAGGACAGAGGUUGGCUCGCCUCCCCAGAUCCAGUCGACAAGGCCAUCGGCGUAUGGUGACAUCUGUGGCGUGGGCAGAAGACACACUGUCCAGCAUAAACUUCUACAGCUGUGGCUUCGACCGGCGCAUUCUUGGCUGGUCCAUCCAGCCUUCCAAAGAGAACUGAACGGUUUCUCCAUGAAGCAAUAUAAAUGGGGUCUUGCUUCAUCGAUACCGAGGUACUUCCAGGUUAUGGUGAGUCAUCAUUAACAUACUAUGUGGAUCUUAUAUCAAUAUUAUUGCUCACUAGAGCAGCAUACUGUCUUCUUACAUAUACAGGAUCUCCACAUUCUAUGUGUCCUACUUAUUGAACUAAGUUAUGUGUCACUUUUUAAUUGAUACCUAUAUAAGUGAUUUUUUUUUUAUUUGUGAAAAAUUGUUAAUUAUAGAUUUGAACAACAGAUAUGAUAGAAUUAAGUACAUAGAAAAGUUCACAAGGAUGUCUCAAUCUAACCUACUGACUUAAAAUAAAUUGUACCUUUAAUUUGGGAUAUGGAAUUGUAUAAUGGUAUUCAAAAUUGUUAUUAUAAUAAUUUUGGACUUUUCAUAUUGUAACCUACUCGAAUAUGUACUCUUCUAAUUAUAUCUAUUGACACGAACAUAUUAAAUUGGUGUAUUAAAAUAUAAUAAUUCCAAAACAAAUAUUUUCCAACUUUGUGCACUUUACAUAUAAUAACAACAUUGUACAUACUUUAUUAUUUGGCCACAGUGUCAAAUAUAGAAAAUAAACGAAAUGUCAGCAAAAAUACCUCAACUAUCAAGCACAAUUAGUUAGUUAUAAAAUA